ACAAAGGAGGAGAAGAAGAGACACACAACACCAGGCGGCGAGGUCGCGUACGGAAGACGCGCCGGAGAAAAGAACCCAUGAUUACAAACAAACUUUAAACUUUUUUCUUGUUUAUUUAUCUUUCAAACAAAAAGAGGAGCCCGGUGGAUUUUUUUUUUCAAGCCAAGGGGAGAUACUAACCUACUAACGAGGAGCUGAUCCACCGAACUCACCGAGCUUGAUGGAAACCUUGAUGAGGACCAUGAAGUAGCAGUCUUCAAAUUUGCAGCUAUCUGAUUAGCUCCCUACUGCACAACACACUUUCCUUCAUCCAGUACCCUCCAUCUGUGCCCCUCCCCCCCAGCUAUGGCAGAUCCAGGGAUGCUGAGUUUGUUUGGGGAGGAUGCAGGGCUCUUCUCAGAUGGUUUAGAUGGUUUAGGGGACUGCUUCCCUCAGCAGCCUACCCCUGCCCAGUCUAACCCCAUAGCCCAGCAGACCAAUGCCUCUCUAAACCAUGACCACCAGGGAGGCAGGGGUUAUCACCAAGGGAUGAUCCAUGGUGCAGGGACUGGCCCAGGACAGCCUAAAAUGGGGCAGAUGUACGAUCAUGGCCCCUACACCGGCUACGAUCCGCCAAGUGCUCCAGGAGGACGUGUGAUGGCCCAAAACGGUCCAAGCCAGGGGCCGCCAAAUGUGAGCAGUGGCAUGAAUGGCAUGGGUCCUCAUUACCAUAAUAACCCAGCUAACUCCAGCAACCCCCACCAUGGUUACCCGGGUGAUGCUGGGGGAGGAGGAGGAGGCGGAGGAGGUGGGGGUGGGGUUUGGGGCCAGCAGCAGCAGCAGAGCAGAGCAGCUUAUCAGCAGCCUCCGACACAACCAGUGGGUGGGCCCAACCAGAUGGGAGGAUACCAGAUGUCUCAAGGCAACUAUGGUGGGAUGCAGAAUCCACCUACACCCAGUGCAGCUCGCUUAAACCAACACUACCCCCCACAGGGCAUUGGAACCCCUCCUGCUCAGGAUCCGCCUCACUACCUUGGACAUGUUGGAAUUGGUGGAGCUCAGAUGAGACACAGCCAGCCUCAGCCUCAGCCACAAUCCCAGGGCUACCCCAACAUGGGCCACACACCCCGGUACCCACACUCCCCCUCCCGACAGCCUGCACAUCCCCAUCAGCACCAACAGGGUAUGGGGGGGUUUGGGGGUACCCAGUACCCUGGCUAUCAGGCUCCGUAUGGAACCAUGGGACCUGGGAUGGGUCAGGGUGCUAAUGCUACUGUCGGUGCAAACACCAGCCAGGCUAUGGGACCAGGGCAGCUUGGCCAGAGGUUUAACCAGGGAUCGGGUCUAGCAGCCGGGCAACAGGGGCAACGAUACCCCCCUGGACCACCACUUCAACCCCAGCCCCAUCAGACCCAUUCUGCUCAAAUGCAACAGCAGGCAGGGCAGCAGGGCCAGCCUAUGCACCCCCUUAACCACCCCCAACACCCCCAGAAUCUCCCCCAGCCUCCGAAUCAGCCUCACCUUGCACCCCCAGCUCAGGGAUCCUACCCCUCACCCUCAUCCAUGUCCCCCAUGCGGGUUUUGGGAACCCCAACACCUCCUCCCCAACAGGGCAGACCCCCUAGUGCAGGACACACUGGAGCCCAAGAUGUAGCAGGGUACCCUUCGCUGCAGUCUGCACCCAGUGCUAUCCCACAUCCACAGAGACCUCCUCAGACCCCUCUCUCUGCCCCACAUCCUCAACACCAGCAGCCCCACAACAUGCCCCCCAGUGCAGGGCAGAUGUAUCCCGGCAUGGGGCAGCAAAGAGGCUCACAAAUGGCUCCAAUCAGGCCACAGCUGCAGCUUCAUCAAGGGCCUGUAGAUGCUCCCAUCAGUCAGGGGGGAGACCAUCGUCUUCUCCAGGCUCAGCAGCAGGCGUCUCGAAGCGGCCAGUCCCUGCAGUCCAAUCCCAUGGGUUUCCAGGGUCCGUCUGUGGGUCCACACGGCGCUCCAGCCUCAAACCAGGCCUUAGCACCUCCCGCCCAGAGUGCUGGGCCGAAUCAGAAGCAACACGCACACCUGCCCCCCCACGCCCAACACCUGCAGAGCACACCUCCUCCCCCCAGCCAGGCCUCCCACUCAUGGGCACCUCCAGCUCCAGCCUCCCACCCACUCUCCUCACCCCCUCUUACCCCACAGAAAGUGCCUCACGUACAGCAUUCCCCAACCGACCCGCCAGGAGAUGCCUCAAUGAUGGUUCCUGACAGGUCGACAGUAGACGCUGGUGCCCCCAGCCAGCCUAUCAGCACAGAGCAGCCCAGCAACCAGGAGACCAAGCCAAAAAGGAAGAGGAAGAAGAAAGCUAAAGUGGUGGACAAGGAGGAAGCCGAGGAGGAGAAGAAGGACGGGGAAAAGGAAGUCAGCGUAGAAUUUCCCGCGACAGGCAGCGAUGCCGGUGAACAGGUGACCGGCGUCGAACACGGGAGUUCACCGCCGGUGGAGGAGAAGAAAAAGCGCAAAAAGAAACCAAAGGAGAAGGCGGAGGGCAAGCAGCCUAAAGAGCCCAAAGCUCAGAAGACGCCCAAAACACCCAAGACCCCCAAAGAGCCCAAGGAGAAGAAAACCAAGAGCUCGACGCCCAAGGCCAAGACCCCCAAGAAAACCAGCAGCAGCAGCACGAAGAAGGUUGAGACUGAAGGUGGGGCUAGCGCGGCCAAGACGGAGUCAAAGAGGAAGAGAGAGCCAUCAGUCAGUGAUGAUGUGGAGGUGAAGUCUCCGCCCCCUUCAGCUCCUGAAGAUGAAGAUGACGAUGGUGUACAGAAGCGUCGCUCCAGCCGUCAGGUGAAGAGGAAGAGGUACACUGAGGAUCUGGAGUUCAGGAUCUCAGACGACGACAGCGGAGACGACUCGGCAGCCAAGUCGCCAUCCCAACAACAGGAUGUGGUCGAGGCUGAAGGGCUUGUCGUGGAGAAGAUCAUGGGAAUGCGCACCUCGAAGAAACAGCCGGAGGAAGGGGAGGAAGUGGAGGUCGAGGAGUUCUACGUCAAGUUUAAGGGCUUUUCAUACCUCCACUGUCGCUGGGCAGAACUUGAAGAGCUGGAAAAGGACAAGAGAAUACAUCAGAAGAUCAAGAGGUUUAGGGCCAAGCAACAACUGAACAGUUUCAUAACUGAGAUGGAUGAUGAGCCUUUUAACCCAGACUAUGUGGAGGUGGACCGCGUGCUGGAUAUUUCAGAGAGCACAGAUGAAAACGGAGAGAUGGUGACCUUAUACUUGGUGAAAUGGUGCAGUCUGCCUUACGAGGACUCAACCUGGGAACUGAGAGCCGACAUUGACCAGUCUAAGAUAGAGGAAUAUGAACGCAUUGCAGCACGCACACCCAACACUAAGAGAGUGGAUCGGCCUCUUACGGAUGACUGGAAACAGUUGGAGGGCUCCAGGGAUUACAGGAAUGGCAACGCACUCAGGGAGUACCAGCUCGAGGGGCUCAACUGGCUAACCUUCAACUGGUACAACUCACGUAACUGUAUUCUGGCUGAUGAGAUGGGUCUGGGAAAGACCAUCCAGUCUAUUACAUUCCUCUAUGAGAUUUUCCUGAAGGGCAUUCAGGGGCCGUUCCUCGUCAUCGCCCCGCUCUCCACCAUCCCGAACUGGGAGAGAGAGUUCAGGACCUGGACCGAGCUCAACGCGGUGGUCUACCAUGGCAGCCAGGCCAGCAGGAAGACCAUCCAGGCGUAUGAGAUGUACUACAGAGAUGCACAGGGUAAGAAUAUAAAGGGAGUGUAUCGGUUCCACGCCGUGAUCACGACUUUUGAGAUGAUUUUGACGGACUGUCCCGAGCUGCGCAGCGUGCCGUGGCGCUGUGUGGUGAUAGACGAGGCCCACCGCCUCAAAAACCGAAACUGCAAACUACUGGAAGGACUGAAGAUGAUGGACAUGGAGCACAAAGUUCUGUUGACAGGAACUCCCCUCCAGAACACGGUUGAAGAGCUCUUCAGCUUGCUCAACUUCCUGGAGCCGGAGCGAUUCCCGUCCGAACUGACAUUUAUGACUGAAUUUGGAGACCUGAAGACUGAAGAACAGGUUCAGAAACUGCAGGCCAUCCUGAAGCCUAUGAUGCUCCGAAGACUGAAAGAGGACGUGGAGAAGAACCUGGCCCCGAAGGAGGAGACCAUCAUUGAGGUGGAGCUGACGAACAUCCAAAAGAAAUACUACCGGGCCAUCCUCGAGAAGAACUUCACCUUCCUGUCAAAAGGAGGCGCUGGAGGAGGAGGCGGCGGCGGAGGAGGCAGCGGAGGAGGAGGAGGCGUCCCUAACCUCCUCAACACAAUGAUGGAGCUCAGAAAAUGCUGCAACCACCCCUACCUCAUUAACGGAGCCGAAGAGAAGAUCGCCGAGGAGUUCAGAGACUCCCACGGUGGCAGGACGGACUUACCUGAUAUGGCUCUCCAAGCCAUGAUCCAGGCUGCCGGCAAGCUGGUCCUCAUCGACAAGCUGCUGCCCAAACUGAAGGCGGGCGGACACAGGGUCCUGGUGUUCAGUCAGAUGGUCCGCUGUCUGGAUAUCCUGGAGGACUACCUCAUCCAGAGACGAUAUCCUUAUGAACGUAUCGACGGCAGGGUUCGUGGAAACCUGCGACAGGCAGCUAUCGACAGGUUCUCCAGACCGGACUCGGACCGGUUCGUCUUCCUUCUGUGUACGAGAGCUGGAGGACUCGGCAUUAACCUGACUGCAGCCGACACAUGCAUCAUCUUUGACUCUGACUGGAACCCUCAGAACGACUUACAGGCUCAGGCCAGAUGUCAUCGUAUCGGUCAGUCCAAGGCGGUCAAGAUCUACCGUCUGAUCACGAGGAACAGCUACGAGAGGGAGAUGUUUGACAAGGCCAGUCUGAAGCUGGGUCUCGACAAAGCCGUCCUCCAGAGCAUGAGCGGACGAGAGAACGCCAACAGUGGGGUCCAGCAGCUGUCAAAGAAAGAAAUCGAAGACCUCCUCAGAAAGGGAGCAUACGGAGCUCUAAUGGACGAGGAAGAUGAGGGCUCCAAAUUCUGUGAGGAAGACAUCGACCAAAUCCUGCAGAGACGAACCCACACCAUCACCAUCGAGUCUGAGGGCAAGGGCUCCACCUUUGCUAAGGCCAGCUUCGUUGCGACCGGAAACCGGACUGACAUUUCUUUGGAGGAUCCAGACUUCUGGCAGAAAUGGGCCAAGAAGGCUGAGCUGGACCUGGACUCCAUUAACGGACGGAACACGCUCGUGAUCGACACGCCGAGGGUGAGGAAGCAGACGCGGCACUACAGCAGCGUCAAAGAGGACGAGAUGCUGGAGUUCUCCGAGCUGGAGAGCGACGAGGACGAGCCGAGCAAACCUUUAUCCAAAACACGGAGACCCCAAGACAAAGCCCAGGGCUACCCUCGAUCUGAGUGCUUCAGGGUGGAGAAGAACCUGCUGGUUUACGGUUGGGGAAGGUGGGGUGACAUCCUCGCUCACGGCCGCUUCAAGCGCCCGCUGAAGGAGAGCGACGUGGAAACGAUCUGCCGGGCCCUGCUGGCCUACUGUCUGCUGCAUUACCGGGGUGACGAGAACAUCAAGAGCUUCAUCUGGGACCUGAUCACUCCGACUGCAGACGGGACCACCAAGACGUUGACUAACCACUCAGGUCUCUCCACUCCGGUCCCUCGGGGCAGGAAAGGCAAGAAGGGGAAGCCAAUGGCCCCGCCUCCACAGAGCCCGAGAGCUGAUUGGCUCGCCAGCUGCAACCCUGACCACUUACUGCAAGAGGAUAGCUACAAGAGACACCUGAAACAUCACUGUAACAAGGUGCUGCUGAGGGUGAGGAUGCUGUAUUACCUGCGCCAGGAAGUGAUCGGUGACCAGGCUGAGCGCAUCCUGGAAGGAGCAGACUCCAGUGAGCUGGAUAUCUGGAUCCCUCAGCCGUUCCAUGCAGAGGUCCCGGCUGACUGGUGGGACAGCGAGGCCGACAAAUCCCUGCUCCUGGGCGUCUUCAAACACGGCUAUGAAAAGUACAACUCGAUGAGAGCUGACCCUGCCCUGUGUUUCUUGGAGAGGGUGGGCAUGCCGGAUGCCAAGGCGAUCGCUGCUGAGCAGAGGGGCUCCGACAUGAUGGCAGAUGGUGUUGAGGGUGAGGAAGAGGAUCCAGAGUAUAAGCCUCUACGGAUGCCUUUCAAAGACGAUAUGGACGACUUGACUAACUCUCCUGUGGACAUCAAGGAUGAGACUGGGGACUGUGAAUCUGAAGCAAAACCAGGUGAGAACGGUCCGAACGUGCGCCCUUCAGGUGGAGCUUCGGGCUCCAGUGAGCAGCUCUACUGGCCAGCAGCCUCGGCGCUCACGGCCCGUCUGCGUCGCCUCAUCACGGCCUACCAACGCUCCAACCGCAGAGAGCAGCUCCGCCAGGAGGCUCUGAGCCGGCCCGACGGUCGCAGAAAGAGACGCAGGGAGUUCCUGCCUUCCAUUGCCAUGGUUACCGAGACAGGUGGAGGGGCAGCUUAUAUCCACGACGGGGCAGGCGUGUACAUGGCAGACGGAAGCCCAUAUAUGGCUAAAGGAGGUGCUUACUUUGCCAAAGGUGGACAGUUCAUGGCGGAGGCGUCCCCGGUGGUGACUGCCAGCUCGCUCAUGGCUGAUGGAGCCAUGUACUUCAAGGAGAGGAGACAAAGGUGGACUCGUCGAGAGGAGGCGGACUUCUACCGCGUGGUUUCCACCUUCGGAGUGGUCUUUGACACCGUGCAUCAGAAGUUUGAUUGGGCCCAGUUCAGGGCUUUUGCUCGACUGGACAAGAAAACAGACGAGAGCUUGGAGAAGUAUUACUACUCCUUCAUCGCCAUGUGCAAACGGGUCUGCAGGAUGCAGAUCAAGCCCGAUACAGAACUCCCAGACCCGACCCUGAUCAUCGAUCCCAUCACAGAGGAGCGCGCCUCACGGACCUUGUACCGCAUCGAGCUCCUCCGCCGCAUCAGAGAGCAAGUCCUCCCACACCCUCAGCUCUCAGAGCGCCUCAAACUCUGCCAGCCCUCCCCAGACCUCCCAGAGUGGUGGGAGUCUGGCCGCCACGACCGGGACCUCCUCCUGGGGGCGUCCAAACACGGCGUGAGCCGGACAGAUUAUCACAUCCUAAAUGACCCUGCCCUGGCUUUUCUUGAAGCCCACCAUCGCUUCACCAGCCAAAGAGGAUCCGCUAAGACCGGAGCAGCGGAAAGCAACUCUGCCCCCCUUCUCACCCCUGGAGAUCUGGCGAGUGCUGCAGCUGCUGCUCAACUGGCUCUCAACGGAGGGAAAGAGGAGGAUGGAGUAGAAGAGAAGGAGGUGAAGAUGGAGGAAGGGAUAUCGGAGAAGGAGGUGAAAACCGAAACUGAAGGAGGAGACAUUCCAUGUACAGAGACUGAAACUCCUGAUCUCAAGAAAGAAAAUGAAGGAGAGCUCCAGGAAAAGAAAGAGGAAAUCACUACUUCCCCUAAGAAGGAGUUAAAGAAAGAAGAAGGAGAAGAAGAAGAGGAGGAGGCCAAGCCCAAGCCAGAUGUUGAAGAAAAAGAGCAGGAUGAGGAGAAGAGUGAGGAAACAGAGAAUACCUCAAAGCCAGAAGAAGACCAGGACAAGGACUCGACUGAAGAGAAGAAGAGUCCCGAGGAGACUAUCACAGAGCAGAAAGAGACCCCCGCUGAGCCCUCGGUACAUCCUGACACUUCUCCUGAAGAACAACCAGAGAACAAGACUGAAGAGGAGGUCAGCGGAGAGGAGAAGGAGAACGCUGAGUCUCCCAAAUCUCCAAAAUCAGCCGACACUGAGAAAAGCCCAGAGGAGGAGGAGGAGGAGAGGAUGGAUGAGGAUGACAAAUCAGAGAAAUCCUCCCAGGCUGAGGCGAGCGCCGUGUCAGAGCAGAAGAACUUUGAUGAGGACAGCAUCGCGUCUCUGAGCACGUCGGCCCAAAAUGAAACCAGGGAUGGAUUCUGCCCCGAUGAUCUUCAGGACACUUCUGCACUGCAGGCUUUGCAGGAGCGAGCUUACGGCUUCUCAUUCUGGCCUAAGGACCGCGUCAUGAUCAACAGGAUGGAUAACAUCUGCGAGGCAGUCCUGAAGGGCAAGUGGCCCGUCCACAGACGCCACAUCUUUGACUUCCCCAGCAACAUGUUGCCGGGGCACGGCUCCACGGUCACGACGGCAGCUGUAGCCAUAACGACGGAGAGCCCGCUGCAGCGGCAGAGUCUGGCCGAGCUGGCGAUGGCCGGCGUCCACACGUCUUACGGCGGGAGCGAAGAGAAGACGCUUUUACCUCAGGCUCAUGAGGACGCCCUGGGUCUGCCUCGACAGAGGAGGAGGAGAAGGAGGAAGAUUGAGAUUGAGGCUGAGAGGGCGGCCAAGAGGCGUAACCUCAUGGAGAUGGUGGCUCAGCUGAGAGAGAGUCACGCUGCUACUGAGACCCAGAGUCACGCUAUAGACCUCACCAAGGGUAUGCAUCAUCACCACAAGGCUUCAUUAGCCGGAUUCCCCGGUGCCCUGGUGACCAGCUCCCCCAUGAAAGCUCAGAUGGAGCUGCUGCAGCAGCAAGCCCAGCCGUCUGCACACAGAGCCAACGGUUCCCUGGAGGCCGACCUGCCCAUCAUAAGGAGGAGGCGGGGCCGCAGAAAAAAUGUGGAGGGCCUGGAGAUGCUGUUUGCGGGCAACAAGAGAGCAGGAGGGGAGGAUGCUGAGGAGGCGAAGAUUUCAGGUGUUGAGGCGGUUCAGAGUGUCUCCCGUGCCCAGAGACACCUAAGUGUUCCUGAACAGAGCCCCAGUGCCAGGUCUCUGGCCUCUGGCAGUCUGGAGGAGGAAGAGGCAACCGUUUCUAACAAAGAGCUGGAGGAGUGGCUCAGGCAGCACCCUACCUACACCAUGGACAUGGCUGGAUUCACACCAAAGAACGAGGACUUACUGCUGUCUCAGUUUAAUAAGCCCAAGCAGAAGCGCCACCGCUGUCGAAACCCCAACAAGAUCGACAUCAACACUCUGACCGGAGAAGAAAGAGUACCUGUUGUUAACAGACGUAACGGACGUAAGAUGGGCGGGGCCAUGGCUCCACCAAUGAAAGAGCUUCCUAGAUGGCUAUUGGAGAACCCAGAGUUCUCUGUCGCCCCUGAUUGGACAGAUAUCGUCAAACAGUCGGGUUUCCUCCCAGAAAACAUGUUUGACCGCCUUCUGACCGGCCCUGUGGUCAGGGAGGAGGGAGUUCGUCGUCGGGGCAGGCGACCAAAAUCUGAAAUCGCUAAGGCGGCGGCGGCUGCUCAGCAGGCAGCUGCUGCACAGGCGGCCCAGGCAUCACUGGUGACUGCUGCAACAUCAGCAGGAGGCAUCAACCCACUGCUGCUGAACAGUCUGUUUGGAGGGAUGGACCUGUCGUCCCUCCAGAGCCUCCAGUCUCUCCAGUUGGCUGCUGCCGGUCUGAUGGCGUUCCCUCAACCCAGCGAUCCCAAGCAGGCUGCUGCUAGCGCCGCCGCUGCCUCCAUGCUUCCCCUCAUGCUGCCCGGCAUGGGAGGCCUGCCCAACAUGGCCGCCCUCCCCAACAUGUUUAGUCUCGGCGGUCUGUUUGGCGGCAAUCUGGCGACUGUUGCAGCUGCCGCAUCAAACUCCGCCCCCACCUCGGCGUCGGGAAACACCAACGGGACGAUGGAAGAGGAGAGGAGGUCGAGGAAGAGAGGCGGGCAGAAAAAAGAAGCCGCGGAAAACUUGGAUGAGGUGGGAGACGACGACGAUGAUGAUGAGGAGGAUGAAGAGGAGGAGGCGGGGGAAAAUGAGGAAGUAGUGAAGAAGAAGAUGAAGAAAGAGGGAGGAUCAAGGAAAAUGGCCAAACCUGUUAAUAAUGUCACAGCGGCCGAUUCGCCAGCUGAAGCCUCCAUCAACGGCGACGCCGCCGCCCUGCUAGCCGCAGCCGGCAUGUCCGCCAACUCUCUGGCGUUCAACCCGUUCCUCCUGUCCACCGUGGCGCCCGGCCUCCUCUACCCCUCCAUGUUCCUACCUCCGGGCCUCGCCGGCCUCAGCCUGCCGGGCUUCCCCACCGCCUCCACCUUGGCCGAGCUGCAGAGCGCCAUGGCUGGUGCGCUGGGCGGCAACGUCUUGACCGUAAACCCCCCAAGAGACCAGAAAGAGAAGAAGGGGGUGUUGAAAGCCACAGAAGAAGAGGAGGAGGAGGAGGAUGAAGACGAGGAGGAGGAGGACGGUGGUGGUGGAGGAGACGGUGACUUGGCUCUGGACAAGGAGAGCGGAGGAGACGAGGAGAUGAGGGAUGAGGAUUCUGCCCCGGAGGAUGGAGGGAUUGGAGGGGAGGAAAAGACGGCAGAGGUUUGUCCACAGAAAGACAAGAGUGACUGAUAUGAAUCACAGAACUGACCGGCCUUGGACAUUUCCUCCCCUCACACACCUCCUCCUCCUCUUCCUCCUCUUCCUCCUUACAUCGUUUACAGACCCCCACCAGAAAUAUCCAAACUAUUACUGAACCCUGUUUUUUUUCCCUUUACAUUGUUGUGGUUGAUUUCUCUUACUAUUUGUUGAUGAUUUUUUUGGCCAGGUAUACUUACGAUGUGUCAGAGAGGCUGAAGUGUGUGUGUUAAGUUAAAUCUCUAUUGAUAGUGUAGUCAGGGAAACUCCUCACAGCCACGUGCUGGGAGCUCGCCUCCUGCGCAGAGACUGUUUCUUUCUCUUUGUCUGGUUGGGGUAUGUACACUGUCAACGGUGCAUCCACACUUUUCUCUCACACAGUCCCUCGAAUACGACUUCACAAUGUUCCAAUAGUUCCAUUGUUAUUACUAUUGUAUUAUUAUUGCUGCUUUCAGCUCUCAAACCUUUAUUUUUUCUUUGACUUUCUUGAUCUUCUGAACUGUUUUUGUUGUAUCGGUCGUCAGCAGCGUCUCAGCAAAAGAGGGAACCCGCCCACUAGUGGUGCUUUUUCUAACAUCAGUUCUUUGGAAAAAAACAAAAACGGCAUUACGGCAAAACCCAGCUGUCUGACGAAGCUGCUGCAAAAGGAAUCAUGGGUAAUGGAGUUUUAUGAAGCUGUUCUGUUUCAGAGCCGAUUUUUUAGUUCUCACAUAUCAGACCAGGUAGACUCUGAGGCGGAAAGCAAAACCAGAGUCGGUGUUUGAGUCUGGCAUGAAGCUCAGAGUCAAACAUUGACUAGUACCACAACAAACACACAUCCCAACACAUACUUGACCGUUAGCUGCACACAUGCACAAGCCUCACAUGUUGGAGGUUCAUCACUACACACACUGACCCCCCCUUCAUCCUCUCUGUGACUCCACUGUUUUACUGAGAGGACCGGUUCCUACAGCUGUUCUCCUCCUUGUGUGUUUUCUGUGUGUCCUCGUGCGUGUGUGUGUGCUUGCACACUGUACCAAUACUGUUAAACCCAGUCUCACACUGUUUGAAUGCCAGUCUUGAAUCUUUCCACUGCCACCUGCCUCUCUAUUUACCAGGGUGGCAUCAGUUUGACUCAGAGGUGGCAGGCGGGCUGGGUCUGCUACCAACGAGUCCCCUCUUGUUGGUCUGCUGCAUGCUGCCAAAUCCAGUCUCUCCCCAUGAGGAGGUUUCUGUGAACGGACAGGGAGAGGUGGUCCAAACAGGGAUGUGAUGAUUCAGGUUUAAUCUUUAAAGGGGGCACAUCAGAUGGUUUAUUCCCCACUCGCUGCCACGUUUCUUUAGUUUCUUAUUGUUUUAUUUUUCCAUAUACUGAUAGUUUCAGACCAAGUGCUGCUUCCCAUUGACCUCCUCUUGAAAGACUGUUCCUCUAGUCACACACACUGACUCACGGCCUGGUCAAAACAGGACUGAGACACAUUUUCAACAGAGUUGAAAGUUCACUCGUUUCUAUACAAAGUUAAACUCUGGAUGCUUUUUUUACUUGAAAAGUGUGAGUGGGGCUUGAUUUGUUUCCAUUCUGAGGCCAGUUCAAGUGUCUGAAAUGAUCAAGGCUGCGACAGAUUCAAAUAUUUGAAAGUAUUUUCAAACACACAUUGUAGCCAGGUCUUAUUAACAUUUGCUAGCACAGCCAGCCCAGCAGAUGCAGAGGGAGAGAACUGGGACAGAGGGGGAAGAGAUUAUUUUGGAUCUCUGGAACUCGCCCUUCCCGUGAAAGACCCUUGUUCUACUCUCCAAAGCUGAGACAGCAAUAAUCAAGGCAGCUUUUGAAUGUUCCAACAUCACUCUCCUAACACGCACACACACGCACACACCAUAGGAAUAACCACAAGUGUCGUAUGAAUAGAAAAACAAAAACUUAAACUGAAAGUGAUAACGAAUAAGUACUGCAAUCAAUUUAGUCUCACUCUGUUCCUGUUGAUGCACUGGUGUUUAAGAGUUCAAAUAAUCAGGUACCUUUAUUACGUAGCUACUUUUCUUGAAAAUGGACUUUUUGUUACUUUUAGCCAGCAAGCUGAAGAGCAUUACCUCAAAUUCUUAUAUAGCCUUGAAGUUUACAGACAUACCAUGUAAAUGUUUUUUCUUUCUUUUUUUGGGUGUUAUUUUGUUUGUUUUUUGUUUGUUUGUUUUCUUUUUGGAGACAUCAUGUAUGAUGAAUUGUAGCUAUAAUGCUUUUAAUAAAAGUGAAUCAUGAUAUUCGCCUAGGAAACCAAA